AUGGCCCAGCACCUAUCGGCCUUCUCGCCAACCCGUCCCACGAGCUCCCGCAGCUUCGCCCUACCCUCUUCCUCCUCUUCCUCAGACAACGAAGACGAUGCGCCUCUCCCCUUCCCCACGGCGCUCCCGCGCUCCGACUUCCUCGCGCCCGAUUUUGACGCCGCCGCCUACCUAUCCUCGCUCGCCCACCGCCACCAGACUCUCGAGGACCUGCGCUCCGACCUGCGCGAGCGCAGUGCCGCCAUCAGCUCCGAGCUGCUCGAGCUGGUCAACGCCAAUUACACCAGCUUCUUGAGUCUCGGCGAUGAGCUCAAGGGCGGCGAGGAACGCGUCGAGGAUGUGCGCGUGGCCCUGCUUGGCUUCCGGCGGGCCGUCGACGAGAUCAAGGGCCAUGUCCGGGAGAGGGGGUCCGAGGCUGGUGCCCUGAAUAAGGACCUGGGGGCUGUGCGGGGCGACAUUGAGACGGGCAGGAAGAUGCUGGAGCUCGACGAACGGAUAUCGGUCCUCGAGGGGCGCUUGGCUAUUGACAGUACUGGGCUUGAUAGCAACGAGAGUGAAGAGGAAGACGACGACGACGACGAGGAAGCGCCAGACGGAAUGGUCGGUAGCAGCUCAGCAAAGCUGACCCAGCUGGCGAACGAGUACGUGGCCUUCGACGAGCUGGCCGUUGAUAUUGGGCGCGAGACGCCCUUCGUACGAAAGAUGGAGGAGAGGAUGAUCAGAUGUCGAAACACCAUCCUGCUGGACCUGAACAGCGCGUUGAAGGAAGCCAAGAAGGCUGGUACUCAGGGGCAGACCAAGCUGCUGAAGCUGAUGGGCAUAUAUGCGCUGAUGGAUGCACAGUCCGAAGUUGUCAAGGCUCUAAAGGCUAAAUGA